GGCUUCAUCAUGUGUGCCACCACCGCCGCCGCUGCCGCCGCCGUCGCCGCCGACGUCGCCGCUGCAAUGCGACAUUCGACCAUAAUACACGACACGCGCUUUCUCGGCUCGGCGACCGCCACAAGCGUGCGGAACGCUCGUCUGUCGCGUCGCGCCGCGCCGCGACCUCGGCGUCUCCCGUCUGUCUCUUUGUUCCCGCUCGUCGCCCGUCGCCCGUCGCCCGUCUUUCGCGUACGGUCGUUGUCGUCUCUCGCUCGAAUCGAUAUAUACAUAUAUAUACACAUAUAUAUGUAAUUCGAUGUCGGUCGGCGAAGAAGUCGGCGACCGAGGAGACAGACGAAGCGAAUCGCGCCGGCAGUGAGCAAGCCGAUACGAGAUCCCGUCGCCGUCUGUGCCGUCGGCUCCCCUCUAUCCGUCGGGAAUUCGCCGGGGAGUCCCCUCGACAGUGGUCCUGAGUGCAUUCCGAGAGGGGGAACCCUCGGAGACGAAAGAAAUUCGUCGGUCGGCGUGGAAUUCUUCGCGGGACGGGAUCGCUUCGCGUUCGCAUCGAUUGAUUCCGCGGUGAAAUCGAUCAUCCUUCGACGAUCCGACUUCCGUUCGCGCAGCCGAAUGAGGGGAAAGCGGUCGAUUCGUCGGAUAUAUUCCGAGAAAUGCCGAUCCCGCUCGUGCUCUGAGGAACACGUGGAAGAUCUUCGAAGCGAUAUCGUUGCAACAGAUACGUGGGAGAGAGAAAGAGAUCAGGGGAGAGAAAUCCGGCGAAGGGAAUAACUGACGGUGAAUAACUACUUCAAGGACUCGGUUCUAUAAAAAUCCAGCUACGUCGAGAAGCGCAAGGAGGAUCCUCCGAGGGGACAGCCGUGUAAUAAAAAAAAAAAAGAUAAAAAAAACACGUAUUCAAGGAGGGAAAGAAGAGCGAAGGCACGAAUGUGGGAUUUUCGCAGUGAACGUUUCGUUGAAGCACUUGGUGGUCCUGCGUCCAAGGAGAACUUCAGAACCAAUCAGGCAAAGUCAUUUUCAAGCUUCUCGAAGACUUGAUUUUUUCGCGAGGAGCACAAGUGAAGCAAUUGAAGGGAAGCUUAGCUAUAUCUUGAGGAUCCAAUGAUCGUCUAAUCGGAUUUAACCGAAAAAUUGCUACAAGUCGCGCUGAGCAGGAGAAGCUCUCUCUUUCUUCCACCAGUAGUAGCUCUACUUUAAUGAUUUGCAAGUCACUCGAUUUACUUUGGAGAAAGGUGCUCACUCGAAUGUAUCUCGAAAAUUCCAUAGACACGGCUACAUCGAGGGACACGUCUCGAGACUCAAUCGACAAAGAGAGAGAGAGAGAAAGAGACUGCACCGGAUAUUCGAUUCGUUACAUAACAAACCCCGCAACAAACGACCGCGAAAACAAAGGAAUCGCGGAGAAGCGAACUUCGGCUUCGAUUGAUCUCACUCUCCCGCCGACGCUCGUCAGGAGAGAAAGAAAGAGAGAGGUAUCUUCCCGCUGCAGCGUGCCUCUCUCUCUCUCUCUCUCGGAAGAAGAAGAGAAGCGGAACGUGUGCGCGGGGAAAUGAUCUGACACCGAGGCAACACAACACCGACGACGACAACAUGCCGCGAAGGUCGAGCCCACGUGACACGACAUUUAGCCGGCGGUAUUAGCCAAAUAUUGUCGCCGCGCGCGAUACGUGACGCGAUUCGCGGGACAAGUGUCGCGUGUCGUAUCGAGGAAUAUCGGAGCAAGGAAGUUGCGAUCACCCUCGAUCGAACCUCGCGCGCGGGGGAUGACGAGCGCUCGCACGUGAAGCGAAAGAGUGAAUAGUGUGUCGUGGGUGAUAUCUAACAAAUGGUCUCCCGAGUUUCCCGAUUUUACGGAUAAGAGAGCACGGGCGGAAGCUGAACGAAAAUGAAAAUGGCUCCCGCAGGGACACCUUCAUCAAACGGAGGUCUACCAUCGCCUGCAGGGCCUACGCUGACCGGCACGUCGUUCGCCAAUUACAAAAGGACCUGGUUGAGGAGAGUGGCCCCCUGCCUGGCCUUUCUCGUCGCCUUUUCCACCGCUAUGGUUUUGCUUCUCAUGUGGAGCGAGGAAGUGGCUAUGAGAAGACAGGCGUUUGACGCGAACAUGACCAGGGACUAUGUGCUCGAUAGUGUUGAGAUGGACAAUCCACAAUUGGUCGCGUACAUACGACAGGUGCAUCUGAAACCGACGACUCAUCAGGAUCCGUUGAACGCCAAUCAAACGUCGGAGGAGAAGUACGUGGCCACCUUGUCACAGAGCAAGCGAGAGGGUAUCUACGCCGAGUACAUCAGCAGGAUAGGCGCGAUUUCUAGUACCGCCUGGCUGGAGUCCACUCUGAGCUGGCGAGGUGUUCUUAUACUUACCGAGCCCAAGAGUUUCUUCGAGGCUCAGCGGAGCACCAGACAUCCGCGAUCGAGAGUCCUCCACGCCUGUCUCAGCACGGACACGGAUACCAAAGAGAUAAAGUACCAUCAGGAGUCGGAGGUUCAGGUCACCAAGCUGGGUGAUGGUCCUAACAGUCUCGUGUCGUCGGACAAUGAUUUUCCCACCGCUAGACUCAAGUGCUUUCCUCUCUACAGCGUUCUGUUAGCGUACAACGCCACGACCUUGGAUUACCUAAAUCUGGACAGUCCCGACGCUCCCGAUGGCCAGGUACUCGACACCAUCCCAUGGGACGUCAUAAGAAUAUCGAUAUUGUCGAUACGGUGGAGUCCCCAUCACAGCGAGGCGGAGACAAAGAGCUUCAUCGACAAGAUGACCAACCGGAGGUACAAACACGUACACACGACAGACACCGGAAAGAUGAUUUUCCUGUACGAUACUCUCCUUAAGAUUUGAUCAUUGACUCAGGUUAUAGACUGGUCUGCACCCGUAUCGCAGGAUAUAUGUAAAAUAAUUCAAGCGACUCGAGAGAUAAUCCAUCCCCGCGCCUUUGAUCCGUUCUUAAUAUUUUAUUUCGCCGUCCCUCGCUCCUGCCCCUCCUUAGAAAUAUUUCUUUCAAUCGGAGAAACGCGAUCUUUCCGUUCGACCUCGCGUAAAGGGACGACUCGUCGCAGUAUCGAGGAUACCGGAAGUAAUCGAUCGCGAAAUUCGUUCUCCGCCGAAUUCCCUGAGUUUAUUAGCCUCCCUCCGUGGGACACAUUGACCAUUCCCCAAAGGUGAAUUUCGUCGCUCCCGCGAUAACGAGAGCUUGCUGACAACAAUUUUCUAUCGAAUCUCGAGGGACUGAUGAGUUCAAGAAUUCCGCUACGGUCGAGAAAGUGCUGCGAUCGUAUUUUGAUUCAACUAUUUAAAGUGGAGAGUAGAAACUGUAAGUAGAGUUAAGAGGAUUCGAGAUUUCUCUCGGUUUCCAGAACGUUCACGCCAGAUCUCAAGUUCCAAAUCAAAGUUAAAAACAUUGAGAUCGAAUUUCGAAGGGUCCGCAGCUCGCGGAAACUUCAACUUCACGUGAAGUUUGAGUUUUACAAGUGUUCUGGUCUCAACGCUUCCUCACCGCGACUCCAAAUCACAUAAAAUCCAAGAACACUCGAGUUCCUAUACAUCCGAUUUCUUCACGAGAUAUCUUCGAAGACCAAAUUGUAAUUCUCAACCUGCGGAUACGAAUUCCGCUGGCCUUGAGAAAUCGAAGGUUCAGACACAUUCCCUAGCGUUCUUUACGCGUGUCGAGGGUGAACAAUUGAUGCGAAAGGUUUCUCUCAUCCACGCGGACGAAAUCUAGCGAUGUUCUGAACGCACGUACAUUUUUCGCGGUCGUAUACGGCGGAAAUACGUGAGCCACGUAGUACGGGUCUUUAAAUCCGUGUCGGAUAUAUACGUGACUCCUCGUGUCUUAUAUUUGUCUUAUCGCGAGACAUGCCACGACUUUUCCCACUUUGUUGUUCUCAAUUGUGAUUUUCGCGCAUCGAUAAUUACAAAUGGAGCGUCCUUUUAAUUUUUCUAUUUAUGCAAACGACGCGUGUAACAAUGAGGUUCUGCGAAAACGCAAGACCGCUCAUCGAUCCUCCUGCGACGUCUCGUUUCCUUCGCGACGACUUCGACUUUAAGAUCGCGCGACUCCGUUACGUGGUAUUCUAUUUAUUUCGUGCGUAUCGUAUACGUAAUGAUCAAUGGAUGAUUCAUACCAGUGAUUAUUGCAAAUAGUUAUUUAAGUAUUUACGCAAUAAAAAUAUGAGAAAUGUCCGGAUUAGAAUUUAAGAAUCAAGAUUCUUAAACGCGUACACGUGACAGUUUGUCACAAUUCCCGUUUGAUUCCACACCGCAAAGUGAUCUCUUCACUGCAGUCCACGUGCUCGCAGAACGAGAUACGACGACAAGAAUUAUUGGAUACGGACUGGUCUAAUCGUCGUUCUUUAUAUAUCGUUUUGCGCGUUUACCGUUUCUCCAUUUCCGUACCAGUGGAAAGUAACGCGAUGUUAAUUCAAUCUGGAAAAUAUCAAAUUGGCGUCAUUUUUUUCGCGCGAUGAAUAUUCAGAGUUUAUUUUUUUUUUUGCCUCCUGCCGUGGACGUUCAGUUUGCUCAGACGGGACGUAACGUAAAAUUAAUUUUGCGUGUUAAAAAAGAAGGGGAGAAAAAUAAUAUCUGAAGGCCCGCAGCGGAGAGCGAUAAAUGAAUUCCUCCGUACCUGAGCUAAAUAACGCUUCGUUUAAUCUUGUCUCUCUGUAAUGAUUUCCCCAUCUCGCGAAAAAAACGCGCGAGACUCGCGCAUACACGAUCGCUGCGGUGCAGAAAUAUCCGCGUCGGAUAUUUAAAGGUCCGAAGCUUUGUAGAUAUGAGAUCUUGGAGCAGGGUUCCUCGCCGAACGGGGACUCCGGGACACGGGAGACUCUGAUAAUUUUCAGAGAUUUGUGAGACCGAUCACUUAAUGGUCCGAGAAUAUCCACUCGAAAAUCCGACCCCGAUAAAUCCCGCUUGGGGGAGCGUGCUGAGAUUACCAAGCAUCCGCGUCGUCCGAUUCUCUUCCAGGAAAGCACACCCAAAAAAGGCAAGAAGAGACAUCUCGUCUCUCGUACGAUUUUUACGUUAGCACUUUUUUUUUUUUUUUUUUUAAUUCAAGGUACAAAUUAGUAACGGUAACCGAGCGUUUUACGCAGGACGCACCGAUUUUACUUUUUAAGGGACUUUCGAACGUGUGUCCGAACAUUACCGCUUGCAUACACGGCGAUGCGCGUUAUCACGUGUAAUGAGCGAGCGAAGUUAGCUAGUUCAAGAUAUUUUCCAGGCUCCCGCAUUCGCGCCGCGCGUUCGCAGCUAGAAGGAACGACCGUCCGAAUGUCAGUGUAUUUUUUUUACAUUGAACACUUUACGCAUAUUUCUCUUCACGUGUCAUCCAUAUUAAUCGAGUUGAUCAGAUUGAACGGCAAUAUAAUCCACGAUCCAGUUUGAUCCACGCGUUAAUCGCGGCACAUCCGCUGUUUAGUGCAACACAUGCGACGUAGAAUGAGAACGCAACUUAACCGAACACCUAAAGCACAGGCCUUAUUAGCGCAUAAGGUGAUAUUUUCGUUGUUCUACGGUGAUGAGUAAUAACGUCAGCCCGCGCAAGUGGUCCUCGCGUUUAAGUUACAUCUUCGCUGGUGAUGUGUACAAAGAUGUGUCAAUUAAAUGUCUAUUAGAUUUUCCCUUUUUUUUUAAAUCGCAAUUUAUAAACCGUUUCUAAAAUCUUAGGGAUGAGAUGUAAAAUUAUUAUUUUACCGAUUUAUAUUUUUGAAAGUAUUAGUUUUCCUCGGGAAGAAAAUUAAUUUACCUUUCUGAAUAUUAAAUUUCAAUCCCUAAAAUUUCGACCGUGGCUUGCGACAAGUUUUUGUUUACGAAACAUUGCACAAUCUACUAUUUUCUAAGCUAUAACGCUCGGGAAUUAUCGCGCAAAACGCAAAAGAUAUGCGCACAAAAAAAGAAAUAAGAAUGCGUGUUCUAUUAAUGAAGAUAUCGUCUUAUUCAUAUUUCAGUUGCGCAAUAAUUUCGGGCAGCGCGAGAACCACUUGCAUUUGACGCAGGUUUAACGCUAAAAUAAUAAUACGCUAAUCAAUUAUGAUAAUCUAAGCAACGAUCUUCAACAAUUUUUCUAGUGGAUUUAAAUUGCACAUUGGAUAACGGAAAUGAGGUGCCUUUUAGCGUUAAACGUACGCCGUGAAAGCGGGUUUCUGACUUAUAAUCUCAUUGGCGCGUUAUUGCGAUUAUAUGGUUCAUUAGGAACGUCCAGCACGACAGAUACUUAACAAUGCGAUUUUCUUUGCAUCGAUCAUAACUUCGUUGCGACGAUCAUCAUUACGACAUAUUAUUUCCAUUGUUAAUCGCGCGAGGCGAGGCGCGCAGCAAUUGAAUUUUCGCGAAGUGCAAUAUUCGCUAGGUAGAUGAUUGGUUUUCUGAUCAAAGAAAUCAGUUUCGAAAUUUUGUGACAGAAGAUCCGGAAGUCUUGAAACGGUCACGGUCUCUUGACAUUUAUCUUAUAAAUCCAAUGACUCAAGAUUUCAAGCCAAGAUUCGUAAUUAUGUUUUUUGUUUUUUUUUUAUUUUUAUUUUAUAUUGAAUAGUGAAAGCUGUCGCACCUGGAAUCAAAAUUGUAGUUUUGGAUUCGUAGAAUCUCUCUUUGCUAUUUAUUUUUUUUUGUACAGAUAAAACUUUAUUAUUUAUAAAAAUCACGUACUAGCAUAGUAUUAGCGUAAUAUUUAGUUUUAAUGUCGUGAUUAAUUAAUUUAACACGGUAAGUUAAUUCAACGAAGUAUUUAAAAUAAUAGACGUUCCUCCUACCGUAUAUAAAUAAGUAACAAUACAAUGGUCCAAGAUACAAUUUGAUUCUAGGAGUGAAAAUUUCGCUUUACUUAAACAAAUACACGAGCAUUUACAAUUGCAACCUAAAUGUGUACUGACGUACAAUUCCGACGUUGUUUCACAUUUAGCAGAUAAAUUUUGGGUUACGCGAAACUGUUCAAUCACCACGCACUCGCGGAUUUAGCUGCGCGGCUACGCGACUUCAUUUCGCAAGUCCUUCAUUACUCGUAAGGAUAAUCCGCUUUCCUUGCCGCUUUACCGAAAACCAUUCCAUGACUAUUAAUUCAUAUACUUCUCUCGCCAGAGUGCCCGUACGCAGUAUCGACUUUGUUGUAGUAUCUAUACGUUUUUUUUUCGAAAGAUUUUUUUUUCACCUUUGUUUAUACUUUUUUUACAGCGUAUUUGUAACUCAUAGGUUUGACGUGACGAAUAAGGCUGCUCGCGUUUCUGUCCUGCAAGGAGCAGCCAAUCCCUUUCGAAAGAGCAAUAAAUUUAGAUAUUAUAUUUUGAAAA